AAUUAUGAAUAGAUUAACAAGAAACGAUUUCAAAGCUCAUUCAAGAAUGGACAAAGUUUGUUCAUCAAAAAGGACAAAGUCGAUAUGUGGCACACAUAGACGACAAGAUUCGCAAAGAAAAUUGUCAAAUCGCAGAAAAGCGGAUGAUAAGACCUCACAGAAGAAAAGGCGAAGUAAGAGCGCUUUACCACCACAAGGUCAGAGGAGGUCGAUGCCACAAAGACAAAGUCAAGUUGGACAGCGCAAAAGACGCACAGUAGGACAUAAUAGUUCUAGAGCUGAAAUAAGAAACCAGGCUGCUUAUGGGACGAUCGUCAAGCAGACGACAUCCAGUGCCAACCCACGAAACAGCAGACACCAGACAGCCAAAUUAUGA